CCAGGUGAAGUUUUACCUGUGUUUACCUGUGCAUUCUGUUGUAUUUCCUGUUUCAAAAUGGAAAUCAGAUUUGUUUACAUUUUGAUUUUACUGUCAUUAAUUCAAAUUUCAGAAGGUAGCAUAGUUGUACAGUCUAAUGAUUACUGCUCAGUUUGUUCAGAAGAUUACUGCCGGAAUACUCAAUACUAUAAAACAAAGUACAGCUUUGCACAGGAUGAUUAUGACACUGUCCAAUCACAGUCAGGGAAUAAUUACUACAAAGAUGGACAGAACUGUAUUGUAUACAUAAAGGCUAAACCAAGUCAUCAGAUAGAGGUCUUAUUAACAAGCUUAGAUGUUGACUCUCAUGGGGAGUUUGAUUCCGCUGGAUAUCCUACGAAAUGUUAUGAUUUUUUGAAACUUUUCAAUGGACCAAGAGUAGAUAAUGCUAGACUAUUACCAAAGGUACCAGCCUCUGGUAUUUGUGGCUCUAUGUAUCUGGAUGGUGACCUUGCCAAUCUUCGUUCCUUUAGAACUACUCAGAAUGAACUGACAAUUCAGUUUGUAACAGACAACAGAAGGGACAAUAAAGCUGGUUUCCUGUUGAGAAUUACUCAGAUUUAUUAUUCAAACCCUAAUAAUCUGUAUCCAGAAGGAGUAAAUCCAGGAGGCUGGAAUGAUGGAACAUUUAAUGAAUUCCAGAACAAGUGGGAUGAACAAGAUGUGAUCCCUGGUGGUAUUAUCCCAGGGGGUGGGAAUGAGUAUGACAAGGAAACAGGGGGCGUGUCUUGUUACACCUGUAAUACCUGUAACAAAGAACCAUUUGAUGCUGAGGCUUCUGGUAUUGGUACCAAAAGUGGAUGUUAUAUGUGUGUCAAAGCCUGGGACGAUGCAUUUAGUUCUGCUUCAAGAAAAUGUUUUACACAGUCAGACUACAUAUAUACAUUAGAAGUUUAUGAAGCAGAUCGUUACAUUGGAUGUAAACAGUUUGUUAACAGUUUUCAGAGAACUGUGAAUUACUGUUUCUGUAACACAAAUAACUGUAACAGUGCAGCCAAGACAUUGUUUAGUCCUUUUGUUAUGGUGUUUUCAUUAGUUGUAUCAUCUUUUUUUAUUAUAUAUGACAGUGUUAAUAGCUUUUGGGAAUCGUUGAAAAGGAAAUUAACAAACAAUUUCAAAAAGAAGGUGAAACUGUAAAUGUAGAUACAUAAUUGAUUAUUUUGCUCAUACAAUUUCUUUCAGAAUUGUAGUCAGUUAAAAAAGAUAAAAUGAAUUUGAAAGUUAAAACAAGAUUUUUAAAAAAUAUAUUUAGUCAAUAGAUUAGACCGUUGGUUUUCCUGUUUGAAUGGUUUUACACUAGUCAUUUUUAGGGCCCUUUAUAGCUUGCUGUUCGGUGUGAGCCAAGGCUCUGUGUUGAAGGCCGUACUUUGACCUAUAAUGGUUCACUUUUACAAACUGUGACUUGGAUGGAGAGUUGUCUCAUUGGCACUCAUACCACAUCUUCUUAUAUCUAAAUAUUUAAAGUGACAAGUUUUGAGUAAUUUAUUAAUUACAUAUGUAAUUCCAAUUAUUAUAAAAUGUUACAUUUGUAUUUACUUUGCCUUUUACAAUAAUAAUUCUUCAGGUAUUGUAUUUUUGUGCCAUAUUAAUUGCAGUUGAAUGAAACAGGAUCAUAAUGUUAUGCUGUUUUUUUAAUUUCAAUUUAAUGCUGGUCAUGCCUCUGUGUUUUUUUUUGUAUAUAGCUAUCUUAAAGCAUGUCUUUUAUAUAUUUACAUACAAUAUUUUUACAUAUCAAAGAGAUGUUUAAUAAUGUGUGCACUUUCUCUUAAAAUAUUUGUUUAAAUUCAUAGAUCAUGUAUGUUUAUAUCAGAAUCUGUACCUACAUACUAAACACAUUGCAAAUUACCCCUUAAAAUCACUAAAAAUUAAAUAUCUCCCCAUAACAGUCUCCAAAAAGAAGAUCGCUUUACUCUUAGCAGAUGUAAUGACUAUGGAAUAUUUUGCAAUUAACCUCAUGCAAUGAUCAUUUCUUACUUGUUUAAAUAUGUAUAUGAAUUUUAACACAUAACAUUUAUCCUUGCAGACAUUUUGCUUUCUGUAUACAAGGAAAAGAACAGGGUUCUCACUAAAAAAAUCAUGGUGGGACUCAUUCUUUUUGGUGACUGCUAGUCCACAGCUCUGAAAAAAACAUCAAUGUAACACAUAACCAAAGCCUUAACUUGUCAAUUAAGUCUGGAUAGAACAUAAUGUGAGAAAAUUUAGAUUACGAUCAAUAAUUUCAAAAAUUUUGAAAUGUAAUGAUAAAUGGUUUUUAGACUCAGUUCAUAUAACCAUAAUGCAGCUUGGGAUUUGUGUUUAGAAAUUGAUGAGUCCAGGACCCUAAAAUAAUAUUUCAGUUUGUAUUGACAAUCAGAUGUACAAUCUGUAUUUACAAUAUCACACAUUCCAUUCUUAUAAUAUCAUUCCUAAAUUAUAUGUAAAAUCUCAUUAAUUUACUGAAUUAAAGAUUAUAUAUUUAUAUACUUUUACCUAUCUGAGAACAUUUUUAAAUUGCAAACCAAAACAAGUCUAAUUAAGAUUUAAGAAUGUUUUAAUUGUAUUAAAAAAAAUGUUGAUUGUAAUUUUAUUUGAAUCAAUUUUUUGUUGUUGAGAUUUGUACAUCUUUCAUCUCAGCAAACAAAAGUGAUGUGAACUUUUGUACUAUCUUCAACAUGACUUGCUAACAAUUCAUGGAUAUAUUGGUGCAAUUUUUUGUAGAUAGAAGGUCCACAUCAUAUUUCACUUUAAAUCUGUACAUAGUUUGUCAUGUAUAUUCUAUCAUGUAUUUGUAUAAUAUAUAUUUGUUUAUAUUCUUAUGAAGUGGAACUGCAACAUCAGCAAUGUAGAAAAAUAUUAAAAGUCUUUACCUGCUGAUUUGGAAAAUUUUGACACUGGUAAGGGGUUUGGAGGUUAAGUCAGGGGAGGUAAUUUGAAAUGGGAGCUUUCAAAAGCUGAUGAUAUAUGAACAUUGUCAAUAGUAUUCAGUUAAUUGUAAACAGAUACCUUCAUCUAUGCAAAAAAAGUUUAUUGAAGUGAGAUUUGUUGAUUUGUUAGUUUCUGAGGUUAAGAAUUAGCAUAAACUGAAUAUGCUUUCUUUCAGUUUUAAUAUAAAGUUUUCAAGUAUUAUUUUACAAGACUAACAGGUCAGUUUGAUCAGGAGAAAAUCUCUAUCCAAUAUAAUAAAUAAAAUCAAAUGGAAUUGACCAUUGGUAAAUAUGCAUAUGGUUUUGGUUGUAAAUACUGGUAUGCUUGAAGUGUUGCAUACCUCCCUUUUAAGAGGGUAUGAAUGCCCUUUACCGUCAGGCGUCAAACGGUCAUAUUCGGCUACCGUUAGCGUCAAAUUGGUUAACAUUUAAUAAACCGUGAUUCGUCAACAUAUCCAUAUCGUGAUUUGUCAGAGGUCUCAAAUAAUUAUCGUUACCAUUAUUUUUGGGAAAAAAAUAACGUGAUUCGUCAAAAUCUGUCGAUUUUUUUAUCGUCUUGAAGAAAGUCUUCAUUUUAUCGUCAUGCACCAAAAAUUACCAUUAACGUCAUUUGGCAAGAUUUGUUCCCGUUAUUCGUCAUGAAGGUACCCUCAUUACCACCCUCUUUUAAUCAAUUCUGAAUGUUAAAAAAUAUGGUAUAAAAAUAUAAACAAUUUAUUAUAUAUUUGAAUCAAAUGAAAUCUUAAAAUGUUAGGUCGAAGGAGGAUAUAUUUUAAUUUUUAGAUAAUUUUGUUUUAAUUAUGUGUAGAUGACUGUCUGAUAUUUCCUAUAAAGCCUGUUUUAAUUUCAUGUCUUUGAAAAUAUGAAUUAUAAUGUAUAUAGUGAUUUACAGUCUAUAAAACAUGUUUAGUUGUAUAAAAAAACCAAAACACUGUUUGUUUUAUAUAUAUAAAUAUAUUCUACAAUAUUUGGAAAGUAUUUUAUGUUUUUAUGUUUGUAUUUGUAUAAUAAUGUUAUGGUUUGGUUGGUUAAUAUUAUUUGACUUCUAUGGAAUUUAUCUAUAAAGAAGUACUUACAUCUACUAAUAGAUAAAAGAAUGUUAUUAAAGUAUAAUUCAAAUUAGGCAAAAAUAUUCCUGAACAUAGAUAAUUUUGGCUAGAAACUGCAAAUAUUUGGUCUGACCUCAUUUUAUUUAAGUCACAGCUGAACUUUGGCAUCGCUCCAAAGCUUAUAUUUACAUUUACUUCAUUCCUCUGUUUGAUGGAAAAUGUGUUGAAUAAUAGUAUCUUACAAUUUCAUUUAUUUUGGUGAAUUUACAAGACCAAAAAUGCAGCAAAAUGUACUUUUUCCUUAUGACAAGUUUAAUCUAAUCUAUGUACUGUCAUUGUAAUAAACUUUAUAAAUAAAACCAAAAAUGAAGGUAAAUGUAUUAAAUUCAAUCAAGGUUGUACUGUUACACUAAAGAUAAAUAUGUGCAUUGUAUUAAUAGAUACACAUCAAUUUUUUUUUAUUCUUUUUUAAUGUUAUCUGUGUUAGUAAUUUAUAAUAAUAAAACAUUUUGAUAUGA